AAGCUUUCUGAAACUUGUUUUGCUGUGUGGGGAUACAUUACAUAGGUUUAGUUAUAAAUUUUUGAAAACGUUAUAUGACAUAUAUGAAUGUAAAACUAAUGUGACAAAUAAUGUUGCUUACAUGGAUUUAGAAUUUCGAUCAUUGUCGACAUGUUUUCAUUACAGACUCAUUCAGGAAUAUUAUCAGUAUUAUAUGAAGAUUGACACUGCGAGUGUAUUUAUACAUGUAUUAUUUUACAUUAGACAUUUGUCGGUUAUUUUUCAUACAAUAAAGUAAUUUUAUAUGCAAAGUAUACAUUUUGUUCCAAUAAAAUGUUAUUUUAUCAUAUUACGAAGUUUGAUACGGCUUCUGUGUGCGUAUACGUUCUACUUUAAAAAUGAACUUGGUUCCGUAUACUUGAACAAUGUUUCAACAAAAUAAAACAGUUGUAAAAGUGCUACAGUUUUUUUACAAGUAUUCAAUUUUUCCGAACAAACAGCUAGACGGAAGUGAACUUUUAAUAAUGUAUUUCAUAUUUUCCGCUCUUUCCAUAUUGGCACCAAUUAAGAUGGUUACAAAUUUCCUAGGAACAGUUAGAAAGGGUAGGAAAUCUAAGUGCGUAGUUUUUUAAAAUUCCUGCUGGGCGAAGAGAAACGACAGCUGGUAUCUCUGCGAGUUUUGAAUUUUCUACCUUCGCGGUAUUUGAACUUGAAGGUUUCUAUGGAGACGAACACAUAAACAAAGCACGUGUCAUUCUGUAAUUGUAAUUUUCUAACGCAUAUGGUCCUGUGAUUAUCAGUGUGUCAGGUUAUAGAAUUGAUGAAACAUGUAAAAAGUUAAAAAAACUAUAUCCCAGUUUGAAAUGUGCAAUAUGUAUAUAGUUAACAUAACAUUAGACAUAAAUGGGAAAACUAAUUCGGUAAUUAAGCUGUAAAUGGUUCACUAUUUAUAUACAAAGAUAAAUCGUUGAAGUUUGCUUAGCAUGCACGGUUUAAGAGCUGAUCAUAAAUCUCUUGGAGGACUUGGGAUGAGCCGCUGGUUGGAAGCACUUUGGGAACCAAGUGCUGGUUUAUUUUCUCUGCCAGGUGGGCUCGAUAUGCUGGAUAUAAGCGGCGAUGGAGACGCUAGACUUAUUUGUGCUGAUCUGGGACCAGUUGGAAGCGAUUCGACAAAGAUACGAGUGUAUAAAGGAGGCGAUCAGAUAACCGAGCAUAACAUGAUAGAUCCACCCUGUGGGAUAGUCGGGUUUUAUACGGAAAACGGCGAACCUCGAUCGUCCGUGGUCGCUGUAGGGGCCGGAGCUGGCGUAUUUAUUUUCAAAAAUAUGAGACCCUUUUUCAAAUAUUGUCUACCACACAUCGAAGCUCAUCCAAAGGAACGAGAGAUUUGGCACAAAUGCGGACUGGAUGAGGAAUUAAACGUGCUGACUCUCGCGGACGAUUUGGAGCUGUUACUGAAGGAACUUGGCGCGGCGUUUCUCUCUCCUCGUACUUUGAAGUUUCUCUCUUUGGACAAUAACUUACGACUGAGUUUCGCAGAGCAAUAUAGACGGGUGCCGCUUGUCAAAGCCAACGCCUUGACGGCAAUCGCGAUAAUUCGCAGGGACUCGUGGAACGAUCCCGCUAGUAGCUGUCUUGUACUAGGAACCGAGGCUGGCGAAGUUCUUAUCUUGGACCCCAGAGCUUUUACAGUUAUGGAUAAGCAGAAGCUGGAGUGGCAACCAGCGGCAUUUGCCAGUUGCGGCUUAUGGACGGGUGACGGUCGCAUAAUAGUUACCGGAAGAGAUGGAAAAAUAGGCGCGAUCAGGAGAGGAAGUCCGGUGAAACUUUGGGAAACGUUGCCCGCGCCGGCAGUGGCUAUAUCCGUUCUCACUUCUGAAGGAGCGGCAGUAGCUAUUAUGGACGGUACUCUAUUGGGACUUUCAAAAAGAGGGAUAAAAUUGUGGCAGAUCAAUAUUCCCGGUAUAAUAUUAGAUCUAGCCAGUUUACCAGUGCCGCAAAGUGGACUGUCGUUGUUAGCUGUAAGCACAGUAGGCUAUGGAAUUCGCAUUUAUGAUGGAAAACAUCACGUAGACACGGUGAAAAUGAUGGAGCCUGUAUCUGCUCUUAAGUAUGGACGAAUGGGACAAGAGGAACGGACCAUAGCUAUGGUCACUGUCGGCGGUGGUUUAUGCAUGAAAAUCCUGAAGCGCACUGCCGACUUUAAUACAAACAAUUCGAUAUCGGGUUCGUCAUCGAGUAGCACGUCAAAGUUCUCGAUACCGAAGAAAACACGAUUGUUUGUCGAUCAAACAAUAAGGGAGAGAGCCGAGGCGAAGAAAAUACAUAAUACAUUUCAGCAAGGCUUUCUCCGCUUACGCUUGUCAACGGCUAAACAAGCGUCCGAGCAAUUGGGCGAAAAUCAAGUAUUAGGACCGAAUCCUAUCACAUUGGAGACAAACGUUCUCGGUUUGGGCCCCAAUUAUAUGAUUCGUGUUAUAGUGACAAAUAUUUCUGAAGGUUUGUCCCCAACGGAAUUAUAUAUUCUCUGUAGAGCCGAGGAUACUGAUGUCAAUCCUCGUGUGAUAGAUUUACCCUUGCUGCCAAGUGCGGUGCCUAUACCGUUAGCUAUUAGUGCAAACUUGAAGGGUCAACUAUCAGGGAAAGUCAAAAUAUUACUCUGCAAGAAAUCAAAUCCGAAACCUUUGAUUGCAACGACUGUAAUAUUGCCAGCUGCCGAGGAAGAUUUUGAAAUUUGAAGUGCAUAAUUAUUCAAAUUGUAAUUGAGACUCGAGCCAAGUACAAAUAUGAAAUAAUUCGUAUUUUAUUUAAUUCAAAAUCUAUUUUGUCUUAUAGAUGUAAAACUAGUUAAACAUUUGAUAUUGUGCCGCAGAUAUGCGUAUAUCUAGAAACGAGUUAUAUAAAUUUUUACACUGUUUCCCAAAGAAUUGUAUCCAGUCAUUUACAAUAAAACGCAGUACGUUUUCA